AUGCCGCAGACUGUCGCCUUUGCACCAAGCGGCGCAUCCGAUGCGACCGCACUCUCCCUCACUGUCACAAGUGCACCUCCCGCAAUCUCUCCUGUCCCGGCUUCGACGCCUUUCAGCUUAAAUGGACCCAGACGAUUACCCAUAAGCCUAGUUCUUCCAUCAAAGACACCAGCACAACAGCGGAAAGCCGCUCACCUGUCAGUUACAUCCGCCCCUGGCAGCGCACAGGCACUUGUGGCACAGAGAGCCUACCCUGUUCUAAGAAACUGCACUCUCCAGGCUCUGAAUCAAGCCAUCACCCGCGAAGUCAGUCACCAUCCUCGGAAGGAUACCGUGGCCGGAGGCGGCGGGUGUUCCGCCCUCACAAUCAUCCUUGCCACGGCAGUCGCCCUCUGCUACGAAGAGAUGUUAAUCCCAGAGUCCACAAAUUGGAAUGUGCACCUGCAAGCGUGCCGUGCGAUGAUAGAAUGGAACCAGUCGCGAAACAGUGGCCGGCAGUCCAACGAUGCUUUGUCGAGAUUCGUUGUCAAAGAGGUGGAAGAUUUCGAGAUCUUCAAGAAUCUCGUGUCUUUCUCGACGCAGCAACCCAGAACCAAAUGCCCCCUGCAGUCAAGGCCCGAAGACCGUCUCUGGGCCUUUACGAUUCUGAUUAGUGAAAUUACCGCAGUGGAGCGUUCCAACUAUGAGCUCCAUGGCGAGGGGUACGGGCUUGGCGAGCACGAGAUGGGCAUGUGGCGAGAAAGAGUGGAACAAGCUUACAGGCAGGUCUGUGUCACUGCGGCUUCUGCUUCGCGGCAUGAUGAGGCCACCCGCAUCCACUUCAAUGCUAUGGUGAAAGCUCAUUACUAUGCUAUUCUAAUUUAUGUUGAACAAGCCCUGGCGCCACGCGGACAUGCAGAGUGGGCCAUCACUCUCCACCUGUCCAUCCUGUUCCAAGACCUUCAAGGCCUCGUGAAAGACACCUCGCAUGUAUUCUCGCAUGUACUGUUCUUCCCCCUAUUCAUUGUGGGUACCGAAUGUUGGGGCGAUGAGCACAGACAAAGCACAAUCCAGAGAGCCUUCGUGGAGCUAAUCGCCGCGACGGGCGCAUGGUGUAACCACACUGUGCUGCAGUUCUUACGGGCCCUCUGGGCUCGACCGGACUACUGGGGUAUGGGGCAAUGGAUCAGGUAUGCUCGGGAGAAUGAGAGCGAGAUCGGCCCGUUCAUGCUUUUCUGA